AUGGCACCGGAGGAUAAAGUCCCGCUCACAAGCGAUUUGGACAUUGAGUCCGGUCAAAACAUCAACUCGUCCCACAUUGAACAACAACAGCAACAACCGCAAGGACUCGUUUCCACUGUAGCAACACUCAUCUUAUACACGAUACUUUUGCAGUUCAUAUUGAUACCAGUAGCAUACGUAAUCCUACUCAUUAAAACCAUGAUUCUGUUUUCCCUGCUGUCUCAACAGCAGCAGCAGCAGCACAGGAGCGAUCCGUUAUGGAAUUACAUGAAUUUCUAUCUCGGCUAUUAUAUUACGGCCGCUGCUGUGUGCGUUGGUGCGAUGCUGCUUCGGUGCCGAGUCGAUGGGAUGCCGUGGAGCAAAAGCUGGAAGUUCUGGGGCUUGAUUUCGGGUGUUAUCUUGUAUGGGGCCUUAGGUGUGACUUUGUUCAUUUUCGGUUGGGUCACGGGUUGA